GCUGCGUCAUUACGUCAUGUUGAAGGGAAAAAAUAAUGGCGGCUCUUGUAAUGGGAUGGGAGAGUGCAUGUAUGAGAUAAGUCUUCAAAACAUUUUUUUUUUGUGAUAAAUCUUUAUGAAAAAAAAUUAAUCCGUUAUAGAAUAACCAAGGUGUCAACGUAACAAGUCAGAAUGGCUCACCGAUACCUCCGCUUGUCAAGAGGUGGCAGGAAUCUAUUCAAAAUGUUGCUGCCUCCAAACGUCAGAACAACUCACGGUGCACGACUGGCCUCCAGCCAAGCAGACAGCCAGAUAGUACUUGAAAGGAGGACUCUGUUUGAACAUGUGUUAGGUGCCUAUCAAAGACUCUGCUCCAAACCACCAAAAGGAUUUGAAAAAUAUUUCCCCAAUGGUCCGAAGAGCAGUGAAUCCAACCCAACCAGUGGAGAAGCCAAAGAUGCCAAGCCAACUACCAAUGCACAGAAGGCCACUGGUAGAUCUAGUGGAGGAGGAGGAGGUGGGGCCUCAGGCGGAGGAGGAAAAAGGGGAGGCAGGAAGGAUGAGUCCCAUUGGUAUAGCCGGCUACAAAAGGGUGACGUGCCAUGGGACGAUAAGGAGUUCCGUAUGUACUUCCUGAGUGGGGCUGCAUUUUGGACCAUGGUUACAUAUUUCUUUUUUUUACGGGAAGGCGGGAGAGAGGUCACUUGGAAAGACUUUGUCAAUAACUACCUCUCGAAAGACGUCGUUGACAGAUUGGAAGUAAUAAACAAGCGCUAUGUGAAAGUGGUAUUUACACCCGGAAAGACUCCAGUUGAUGGACAAUACGUGUGGUUCAACAUCGGCAGCGUGGACACGUUUGAGCGGAACCUAGAGACAUCUCAGUAUGAGAUGGGUAUCGAGGGGGAGAACCGUCUGCCAGUGGUGUACUCCGCUGAAAGCGACGGGUCGUUCCUGCUCAGCAUGCUGCCCACCGUGCUCAUCAUCGGCUUCCUGCUCUUCAUGCUGCGACGGGGGCCAGCAGGAGCUGGCCGACCGGGCGGCCGGGGCAUGGGAGGACUAUUCAGUGUCAGCGAGACAACGGCCAAGGUGUUGCGCGAUGAGAUCGAUGUGAAGUUCAAGGACGUGGCAGGCUGCGAGGAGGCCAAGCUGGAGAUCAUGGAGUUUGUCAACUUCCUCAAGAACCCCAAGCAGUACCAGGACCUGGGCGCCAAGAUCCCCAAGGGGGCCAUCCUGACGGGACCCCCUGGCACAGGGAAGACCCUGCUGGCCAAGGCCACCGCCGGAGAGGCCGACGUCCCCUUUAUCACCGUAAAUGGCUCAGAGUUCCUGGAGAUGUUUGUGGGCGUGGGCCCCGCCAGGGUUCGAGAUCUGUUUGUCAUGGCCCGUAAGAAUGCCCCUUGUAUCCUCUUCAUUGACGAGAUCGACGCAGUAGGGCGCAAGCGAGGCAGAGGGAACUUUGGUGGCCAGAGCGAGCAGGAAAACACCCUCAAUCAGCUGCUGGUCGAGAUGGAUGGGUUUAACACGGCAACCAAUGUAGUAGUGCUAGCAGGUACUAAUAGACCUGACAUCCUGGACCCUGCAUUGAUGAGGCCCGGACGCUUUGACAGACAGAUUUACAUUGGUCAUCCGGACAUUAAAGGCAGAUCGUCCAUAUUUAAAGUGCACUUGAGGCCUUUGAAAAUGGAUGCAGAGAUGGACAAAGAAUCUCUCGCCAGGAAAAUGGCUGCCCUCACCCCAGGCUUCUCAGGUGCUGAUAUUGCCAAUGUGUGCAAUGAAGCCGCGCUGAUUGCUGCUCGCCACCUCGCGGACUCGAUCAACCAGAAGCACUUUGAGCAGGCCAUCGAACGUGUGAUCGGAGGUCUGGAGAAGAAGACUCAGGUCCUGCAACCUGAGGAGAAAAAGACUGUAGCUUACCACGAGGCAGGGCACGCUGUGGCAGGCUGGUACCUGGAGCACGCUGACCCUCUGCUCAAGGUAUCUAUCAUCCCCAGAGGAAAAGGGUUGGGCUAUGCCCAGUACCUACCAAAGGAGCAGUACCUAUACACCAAGGAGCAGCUGCUGGACAGGAUGUGCAUGACGCUGGGUGGCCGCGUGUCUGAGGAGAUCUUCUUCGGUCGCAUCACCACGGGGGCCCAGGACGACCUCCGGAAGGUCACCCAGAGUGCAUACGCCCAGAUCGUGCAGUUUGGCAUGAAUGACAAGGUGGGACAGGUGUCCUUCGACUUGCCCCGGCAGGGCGAGAUGACCCUUGAGAAGCCCUACAGCGAGGCCACGGCGCGCCUCAUCGACACGGAGGUGCGCAAUCUCAUCCGAGAGGCGUACGAGCGUACCCACACCCUACUGGCUGAGAAGAAAGGCGAUGUGGAGAAGGUGGCGCAGCGUCUGCUGGAGAAGGAGGUGCUGGACAAGAAGGACAUGGUGGAGCUCCUGGGGCUGCGGCCGUUCGCUGAGAAGUCCACCUACGAGGAGUUUGUGGAGGGCACGGGGGGCAUGGAUGAGGACACAUCCCUGCCUGAGGGCCUCAAGGACUGGAACAAGGAGCGAGACAAGGAGGAAAGCACAGAGGAACAGGUGGCCCGACAGAUCUCCGGAGGGAUGCCCUUCUAAACAGGGACUGCUUAGCCUCACCGAUGGUCGUUUUUAGUAUGAGGCUGUACUGAGAUUAGAACAGGUUGGUGGAAGGAUGUCAGUAAAACCCCACCCAAACGUUACCUGACUGAACCAUGCCCAGGAUCCCUCUGAUUGGUCAGUUGCAUCCUUUGCAAUGGUCUGGGGGUGUAUUCAGCGAGAUGAAACAUUCUGAAUGUUGCAGAUAAAAAUGUCAUACAGGAGUUAAAAGUUCUGUCAUGGUUAGAGUAAACAAAAUAUAUCAAAUUUUGUUUGGGGGGGGAUUAUUAUUUUGGGUCAAGAAGACACUAGGCCACACAUCUAAAACUAAAAACGAUGUAGAAAAUAUAAUAGACCAAUUUAUUUUAUUUUAUAUAACUUACCUGUUUCUGGCCCUCAAAAUUGAUUUUGACAAACAAAUCGGUCAUAAUAAAAAUAAAUCGGAGCCAAAAAGUUUUGCCGCCAAAUUUUGUGUGUGUGAUUUAACCUGUCAUUAAUAAAGCUAUGUAUUCCCUACUCAACAUGGAGGAAUAAGCAUAUCUGUUCACCACCAGAAUAUUUGAGCAGUUGGAAAUCCCACUCAUCACUCAGAGCGGGGUCAUCGCUCACGGAGCGGGGUCAUCGCUCACGGAGCGGGGUCAUCGCUCACGGAGCGGGGUCAUCGCUCACGGAGCGGGGUCAUCGCUCACGGAGCGGGGUCAUCGCUCUGGCGAUCAUUAUCCUUUCUCCCGCUCCACCCCAAAAACAAACUGCCGCUCCAAAUUCGCUGCAUUUGUUUAGUUUAAAACGAUAUUUUAAGUUGUACCCCAUCUACUUUUGUGACUAUGUACCAUUUUUGUUUUGAAGUAGGCUUCAAGAAGCUUCAACAUUUCAACAACAUGUCAAAGGCUACUGAACAAGGACCGACCUGAUGAUAUGCGACCACUGUGUUAAAAAAAUGUGUUUCUCUCAUCUCGAUGGUCAGGUAGGCUACUUCAGUUGUAACUGUGGCUCUGUAGUGCUCACAUUUUACAGUUGAUGGACAACUUUUAACACUUAAAUGGAUAUCUAAACGUCUCUGUUGCUGCUACGUGAGCUCAUUCGUUGUCUUGCCAUCAAUUACACAGGCUGUGAACUAUUUCUUAGUCGACUCAUAUCAACAUCUCCGAGGAUUAGUAGGGGAGGGAGGCUAAAUAAAUACACAAGAAUAGGCCUAAUUUAAAAUAACAGUGGUGAAGGACAUUUUAAAUGUUGCCCAGAGCUCGUGGCUGAGCGGUACCGGAGCAAAAUUGGGGAGGGAGAGAGAAGGCCCCGGCCAUUUAAAAUAUAUAUAUUUGUUUUAGAUCCACUGCUCGCUCCAGCCAAAUUACGCACAUUCUCCUCCUUCCUUUAACUCUGCUCACAUCCUCUGUUUUACAAAGUACAUUUCUGUCUAGAUGUUCUGUACCUCCACGCAGCCUGAACACGCCCCAGAGAGACUGACUACAGUGCUCUUUUCCAGGGAUUGGAUGGGAUCACUGCCCUUGAUCUUCAUGCCUUAAGGCCCCCUAGAGUAUAAGGCAUGAUGAGUGGGUCUUUAGAAGAGUGGGAGGGGGAGACUUAAGGUUAUGUAUACUUCACAACCCAGCCAGUGUUUAACUAUGGGUUACUUCAAUGACUGAAAAAACAAACAAAUGUAGAAUCCGUCUGGCUUUGUAAAGAACGGUCAGACGUGUGGCUUGGGGUUGUUUCCUGGUUUGGACGAGAGGAUUGUACAUGAGAUGUCAAAGCCAAGGUUGCUGUAUAGAUUUUGAGUAGAUGACAAAAUGACUGAAAUACUCCAGUAGUAACAUAAUUUGUCCUUCUACAUUUCAUGUUAUGUUCAGGAAAUAAAGAAAUGAUGCUUGCACCCCCCCCCCAUUAAUCUUUACUUCUGUGAAGUGGAGUCAAACUCAAACUGAUUGAAAUAUGUGAAGAUUCAUGUCUAUUCACUUUAAUCCAUCCAAACUGACCAGGGCGAUGGGUGACUGAUUUUAAAAACAUGCAACUGAAACCAAGGUUAGAACAGGAAAAUGAAAAAGUAAACGCACUGAAUAAAGACGACACUGCAGAAAGAUACCACAUACACACACGGCAUACUGUACACACUGGGGGGGAAUUAAACAGUUAUGCAUCACUGAGACCUGCCAACCUGCACGCAUUUUGUGUACCAUGCACUCAAUCUGAGGUAGAAGUACGCUGGUUUGAAAAUUAACCCUAACAUAUGCUUCUAGUUGGUUGGCACAAUUUUUUAAAUAUAUAUAUAUAUAUAUUAUUAUUUUUUGAAUGUUAGCAAAUGAAAUACAGAAAUAUCUAAUUACGUAAGUAUUCACACCCCUGAGUCAAUACAUGUUAGAAUCCCCUUUGGCGGCGAUUACAUCGUCGUUGAGACCACCUCCAUUUAAUUUAGGAUCAAACGAUGUUGGGUACAUUGUUUGAUAUAAUUUAAGACUCUUAAGUUUCAGGAAGUGGCCAUUUUAGUAGUGAACUUCUUGAGGGGGAAGUUGACUGCCCCUUCCUGGACCCCCUCUCCACCCAGCCUUAGGCCUACAGCAGCACCACAUUGUCAGAAAAUCCUAGGGAGAGCAUGAUUGUACAUUUGAAACAUAUUUCUAGUUAGCUACUGAAGAGCAGCUAAUUACCAAGUACUCGAAAAAGUCUAGCAUAACAUUCCUACUGAGGCAGUCUUCUGCAAAACAAUCACGGGGGUGUCGCAUGUGCGCUGUUGUGGGGUCUACAAGGCUGCCGGGGGUGCUACCGCUGCGCUGGAGUGGUACUCCUACAAAUGAAGUCUGCAUCACAUCAUACGUACCUCAGUGGUGCUUGUAAUCAUCAAAUGCAAAAAAAUAUAAAACAUUCAGAGCUUUAAAAGUAAUACAAAUAUUGGUGAACACUUCUCCAGCAAUGUUCAUGAACGCCAAAAGCUAUCCAUAUUUAUGCCACCACAGUGCAAUGCUACAUAGUCGUGUCUGUCGUUGUUCUGUUUUGUUGUCAUUGAUGUGUGCCGUUGGACAUACGGAAUAUUAUCAAUGAUCAGCCAAGACAGCCUUGGUAUUGUCGCUCAAACUCUCACUGUAGGGUUAUCUAAUGUGUACAUUUUGUAUUUUGCUCUAUUGUUUAAAAAAAAUAAGUUUGAUGCAGUGUGAACAUGGCAAUUUUAUAUAAAUUGCAACAUGUAAAGUGUUGGUCCCAUGAUUCAUUCAUGAGCUGAAAUAAAAGAUCCCAGAAAAGUU